AUGCACAUCCAGAGCUUUCCAAGGUAUGAAUCGCAUUAUAAUAGAAACAAAUCCCGUCGAUUCUAUUUAUCUCCAGAUCUAAAUGGAAAGAAGAUGCAUCAACUUAUUUCGAACUUUAUGAAUCAAAAAAACUUAAAUGACACUCACCUAUCUGUAAAUUUAGAAGAUUUAGAAGUAGUUAAUGGAGUAGAAAUCAACACCCAAGUAAGAAGCAAUAACCAUUCUAACACCAAUGGCAGUAUCAUAACUAUGACGCUAAAAAAUAAUCACCUUAUUGUUGAAACUGAAGAACGAAAUGACCUGCAAGAGGAUAGUAGAGAAACUACUAUGCGAUAUUCUCCAAGUGCCAGAGACGGCGUCUUUGUUGUAGAAGUACAACAAGGUGUAAGAAGAAGCCCUGGAUCUGGAGGACAAAGCACUUGUGUUGAGCCCGAGGUGUCUCUAUCAGUAGGUGACCAGUGUGCAUUGGUACAUAAUCCUCCAGAUAAGUACAGUGAUGAAGAAACUCUUGGAGAAUACGACGAGAGUGAAUACUGUAUCGAAAUGGUGUCACCGGAAACUCCAGACUCCGUAUCGUCCAAAGCAAAAACUGGUUUAACACAAUCCAACACUAGUCUUAGCCAUAGUUCUUAUUGCUACACAAAUCAACAAUGUUACGAUAUAGACAACUACGGUUCAAGUCAAUAUAAAGGGUAUACAGUGUGUGACGACCAACACGUAGCCAAAUGUAUCGAUGAUACCAGACCAAAAAUCAUGGCAGCCAUUUAUAAAAAUACACUAAAGAGAAGUCCUAGUACGGAAGAUUUACAUAUGGCUUCUAUAAACGGGGGGUUAGUGGAGGAUAAUACAGUUCUACGAAACUCGUCUAAUAGAGAUUAUUACAAUUCUUUUUUAACGUAG